UCGGCAAGCAGACACGCCCAUCGAAAGAUCAAGCCGUAUAAUAAAAUAUAAGAACUCACAGUGUUGUGAUUGUUCGUGACAUUGUUUUUUAAUUUACCUUAUUACCAACUGGAAAAUAUAAUAGAGCUUUAUGAAAAUCUCUCAAAUGAUGUCGAUGUGUUAUGUAAAUAUUUAGAAGAAUAUUCUAAUUAACAUAAACAGAUUACUUUUCUCUCCACGCCUUGCCUCCUCCACCAUUAUUACACUGAGUACCAUUUUUAAAUUAAUAGAUCCAUGGAUAACACAUUUCGAAUAAUACUUCUCUCGUUAAUUAUAGCAGUUUUGCAAGAAAGUAAGUGUGACUGUGUGGAAUCUUAUGCAACAAUAUGCGACAACAUAAAAGAUAUUUAUACUACAAAAACUAAUGUAACCUUUAGAGAUGUAAUAGUGAAAUCAAAGAAACCCAAACUUAAAAGUCACUUGAUAUGCCUGGAUUGGGUGAUGGUAUACCGUUUCUUGCUGAAUAGCCACAGUAUAACAUUUGUUGAACAACUAAAUGGUAUUUCAACAGUCGGUUGUCGUUUUUUCAACGGACUUUAUCGUAUAAAACAACUGACACUUUAUAAGAACGAUCUCAAGCACUUGAAAGACAGAGAGUUUUUCUGCCAUCCUUUAAAUAAGUUAUCGUUGGUUAAUAACAAUAUCGAAACGGUUGGAAGAGAUGCAUUUCGGGUUAACGAUGUCAUAGAAGAAAUAAACGUUGCAGAAAAUCGAAUUUCUCGUAUUAGAAUUUUCGACGGUUUCAGUCAAAAUUCGAAGUUACGCGUGCUUAAUUUUAAAAAGAAUAAAAUCAGAUUCAUUGAACCGAAGAGUUUUCCACAGUCGUUGGAAUUUCUAGAUCUAAGUUACAACGAAAUCGCUGACGUAGCACUACCUGAAGUUAUAAACCAUUUAAAUAACCUAACACAUCUUUACUUAAGUAAUAAUAAAAUAACUGUGGUUCCAGAUCUAAGUAAAAUGCAAAAUUUAAAAGUUUUGGACUUGUCCUACAAUAAAAUAUUUAACGUUCACUGGAAUACAAACAACAGACCACCUUUCACCGUCGAAAUCAUCAAUUUGAGUCAUAAUGAAAUUGAAACCAUUGAAUUUUUAUUAGUUCUUAUAUGUGCAGACGUUGAGAGACCCUCUAGAAACACACCCUUGCGAAUUGACUUACAUUUCAAUUUUAUAAAAGAUGAAAAUUAUAUUACAAUACAAGAAUGCAACGCUACCAGAGACACAUACUUGUCGAUGUACGGAAAUCCAUGGUCUUGCAGAGAGUGGACUACAUUUGAAAACGCAAUGGACAAACUAAGAAUAAAACACUCGUGUUGUGACAAAGUGCAUUUUAAUAGUGGUUUAGUGCCAUACUGCAUUGCAGAGGAUACAUAUAGAAUUGAUUAUAGUCGUAUUCAACAGUAUGUUGCUGUAGUAGAAAAACAAAUUCAUUUAGUUCCGUGUAAUUUGAAUAUCGUAGAUUGUUAUACGAAUUUGAACAAUAAAGAAUAUUGUAUGUCGUAGACAUUGGUUGUUGGUUCUUAAAAAAAAUAAAUAUCCUAUGUAGCGGUACAGUUUUAACACAGCUAGGUGUGAUAA